AUGGUCAAUUUAGUUUUAAGUUUUCUAUGUCAACCAGAAGUGGAAGCUUCGCUCACGCUUCUCAUCUCGAUUAUUAUCUUUGGUAUUAUGCGAUAUAUUCGAUCGUCGUAUUUAUUCAUCGGAGUCUAUCUUCUUGCUGUUUACGUUCUUAUACGAUGGAUUGCUCGUGGCGGUCAAUAUAACGCUCUUAAAACAAAGGAUCUCAGCGGAAAAACUUAUUUAAUUACGGGCGCUGCUGGUGGUAUUGGAAAGCAAACAGCUCUGGAGUUGGCAAAGCGGGGUGCGAAAGUUGUACUUUUCGCACGACCUAGCAACUUACAGGAAGCCAUCAAUGAUGUUAAAAAAGUCGCUCGAGAUUCUAAGCUCGUUAGCGGUUAUCCAAUUGACUUAGGUGACUUACGUGCAAUUCGAACAGGCGUCGAGCAGUAUAAGAAAAGUGAAGGUCAGAAUGCUCCAAUUACUGCUUUGAUUAACAAUGCUGGAGUUAUGGCCUGUCCAUACGCACUUACUAAGGAUGGUUUCGAAAUGCAAAUGGGUACUAACCACUUUGGUCAUUUCUAUUUAACUCAGUUACUUCUUUCUCAAUUACUUCAAUCGAAAUCACGUGUUGUGAACGUUUCGUCAUUAGUUCAUGCUAAAUGGAAAGUACCGUGCACAUCUGAUACAUAUGCCCAGCAGUUAAACAAAGAAACAUACAAUCCUUGGAACGCAUAUUCUCUAAGCAAAACAGCGAACAUUGUCUUUACUCAUGAAUUACAUCGUCGUUUUCAUUCGCAAGGUCUCAAUGCAUACGUCCUUCAUCCUGGUGGAGUCGAUACAGGCCUGCAACGACAUAUAUCCAUGUCACAACUAGCAUUUGCUCCGUUUCGACUGCUUCUUCUUAAAACACAACUCCAAGGCGCUCAAACAACUUUGUACUGUGCUGCGUCGGAUGACGUUGUAUCAGGAACAUACUAUUCCGAUUGUCGCGAAGCAGAAGUAGGUAACCCGCAUGCGAACGAUUCAGAACGAGCUCGCGAGUGGUGGGACUUUUCCGAAAAGAUUAUCACCGAGAAGAUCAAAGAAUUGAAUUAA